UGUAUCUCGUCGAUAUGUGCGAUUGAUAAAAGGGGACGAGAAAGAGGGGACAAUGAAAACGAAAAACCCUCCCUCCCUCCAAAUUGUAAAAUCGAAUAAUCACAAAUCCAAGUAGACGCAUUUGCUUGGUACUGUUUCCUUAUAGUUGAGACAUACAAACUUCAAGAUCGGAGUUGGGUUUCUUAUUGCUCGAAUAUAGAAGUACUUAAUUGUAACCCUGGUUUUGAGUUUAUAUUUGCUUUGAAAUGACGACGUAUACUUGAGCAGCGACACUGAAGGAACGUAAACGAAUGAUUACUUCUCUUUAGGUUAUAAAAUAAUUGUACAAUUUAUACUAUUGAUGGCUUCUGAUAAAUGUGAAGAGGAAGAAGAUCUUGGAAGUGCAUCCAGUGACUCUUUCAUCAAUGAUAGUGAGAAUGAUGAGCCCUCAACAUCUGGUCAAGAUGAUGGGGUGCAUCUUGAGCAACCUCUCACCGAUGAAGACAUUGAAAGGCUAAUUUCAGAGCUCUUGACAGUUGAGAGUAAGGCUGCAGAGGCCCAAGAAGCACUUGAAGAUGAGUCACUUGCAAAAGUGGAAGUUGAAGUUCGGGAUGAGUUAGCACAAUCUCUUGAGGGGGAAGAACUUGAGAAUGCUGUUGCAGAUGAAAUGUUAGCUCUGAGAGAAAAAUGGGAAGAUGAGCUUGAUGACCUUGAAACAGAGAGUGCUCACUUGUUGGAGCAACUUGAUGGAGCAGGAAUUGAACUUCCAAGCCUUUAUAAGUGGAUAGAAAGUCAAGCUCCAAAUGGAUGCUGUACAGAAGCAUGGAAAAAUAGGACUCAUUGGGUUGGAUCAAAUGUUACAAAUGAUGCUACUGAAUCAAUUGCAGAUGCUGAGAAGUAUCUGCAAACUCAUAGGCCUGUUAAAAGACAUCAUGGUAAAUUGUUGGAGGAAGGUGCAAGUGGGUUUCUUCAGAAACGCCUUGCUCCUGAAGAUGAUAAAGAAUCUAAUAAAGAUGUAAAUUGGUCAUCUUUUAAUGAAUUGUGUUCUUCAUCAAGUAAGAACACUUCAUUUGGAAGCAAAAACUGGGCUUCUGUAUACUUGGCAAGUACCCCACAACAAGCUGCAGAAUUGGGACUUAACUUUCCUGGUGUAGAUGAGGUUGAGGAGAUUGAUGAUAUUGAAGGCAGUUUGGAUGAUCCAUUUGUUGCUGCUGCUGUAGUGACAGAGAGAGAACUGUAUAAAUCUGAAGAUCAUAAGAAGAAUAUUAGAAAGGUUAAAGAAGAAGAUGAUGUAAAUAUUGAUCGUAAGCUUCUAUCUCGUUUGAACAAAAAGAGACAAAAAAAGAAGUUAAAGCAGAAGGGUAUCAAGGAAGCUGAGGAAGAAGAUGAUAUGAUGCUUUCAGGGUCAAAACGGUCAUCUGACAGUGUUGAACAAUCUGAUAGCAAGAAGUGCAGAACCGAUGUUGAACAUGUUGCAGUGGAUGGAUCUACUUCUCCAUGCAGUGAAAGUGAAACAAAUGAUCAAAGUGAUCACAAAGGAAAUGGAGAUGCUAAUUCUCCUUCAGGGAGUUCAGAUGAGGAAUUCUGUUGUACAGCUUGUGAUAAAGUUGCUAAUGAAGUGCAUACACAUCCACUUUUGAAAGUGAUUGUAUGCAGAAACUGCAAAUAUCGAUUAGAUGAGAAAAUGAAAGAAACGGAUCCCGAAUGUUCAGAGUGUUUCUGUGGAUGGUGUGGAAAAAACGGGGAUUUAGUAAGUUGCAAAUCAUGCAAAAACUUAUUCUGUACUUCAUGUAUAAAGAAGAAUCUUGGAGAAGAAUAUUUGCUAAAAGCACAAGAGUCCAGCUGGCAAUGCUGUUGCUGCACCCCAAGUAUCCUGCAGCCAUUAACUUCACAGUUACAGAAAGCCUUUGAAUCUAGAAGUGAAUCAUCAUCUUCAAGUUCAGAAAGUGAUUCAGAUGACUCUGAUGAUUCAGAUGACAAUAUCAAGGUUCCCCUUAGCAAAAGGAGAAGGAAGAAGAAAAUCCGAAGAAUCCUUGAUGAUGCUGAAUUAGGAGAAGAUACUAAAAAGAAGAUUGCAAUCGAAAAGGAACGACAAGAACGUCUUAAAUCACUGGAAGCUGAGCGUUUAAAGGCAUUGAAAUCCAUGAAGACAAAUUAUGCAAGUUUUAGGGCAACUGUAUCUGAUGGAACUACUGUUAAAGUGUUAGGUGAUGCACAAACUGGCUAUAUUGUAAAUGUUGUAAGGGAGGAAAAUGAGGAGGCUGUGAGGUUGCCACCUAGCAUCUCAAUCCAAUUGAAAUCUCAUCAGGUUGCAGGCAUAAGGUUUUUGUGGGAAAAUAUUAUACAGUCAAUUACAAAAGUGAGGUCAGGGGAUAAGGGACUUGGUUGCAUACUUGCACAUACCAUGGGGUUAGGUAAAACCCUACAGGUUAUAGCUUUUCUGUAUGCUGCUAUGAGAAGUGUUGAUAUAGGAUUAAAAGCUGCCAUGAUUGUUACACCUGUAAAUGUUUUGCAUAACUGGAGGCAUGAGUUUACAAAAUGGAGACCUACAGAGUUUAAGCCUAUUCGUGUCUACAUGCUUGAAGAUGUCCCAAGGGAUAGAAGACUUGAGUUGCUAAUGAAGUGGAGAGCUAAAGGUGGUGUUUUCUUAAUUGGUUAUACUAAUUUUCGUAAUUUGUCUCUUGGAAAGCAUGUCAAAGAUCGCCACAUGGCUAAGGAAUUUUGUAGGACUCUUCAGGAUGGACCUGACAUACUUGUGUGUGAUGAGGCCCACAUGAUUAAGAACACAAGAGCUGAUACAACUCAGGCCUUAAAGCAAGUGAAAUGCCAGAGGCGAAUAGCAUUAACAGGCUCACCUCUUCAAAAUAACCUCAUGGAGUAUUAUUGUAUGGUUGAUUUUGUGAGGGAAGGAUUUCUUGGCAGCAGUCAAGAAUUUAGAAAUCGCUUCCAAAACCCUAUUGAGAAUGGGCAACACACAAAUUCAACAACAGAUGAUGUAAAAAUCAUGAACCAGAGAUCUCACAUUCUGUAUGAACAACUAAAGGGAUUUGUCCAAAGAAUGGAUAUGAAUGUUGUGAAGAAGGAUUUACCUCCAAAAACUGUUUUUGUAAUUGCUGUGAAGCUUUCUCCUAUGCAAAGGGUACUUUACAAAAAAUUUCUUGAUGUUCAUGGACUCACUGAAGAGAAGGCUUCUCAAGAAAAAACCAGGAAGAGUUUUUUCGCCAGUUAUCAGGCAUUGGCUCAGAUAUGGAAUCAUCCUGGAAUAUUACAACUAAUGAAAGAUAGAAACUUUGGGAAACGUGAAAAUGUUGUUGAAAAUUUUCUUGAAGACAGUUCUAGUGAUGAGAAUUUGGAUUAUACCAUGGCUAAUGGAGAUAAAAUAAGGAACAGAAAAGACCAAUCAACUAGAAAGAAAGUUGGUGGCUUUUUCAAGGAGAAUUGGUGGGGUGAUCUUCUACAGGAGAAUGGUUAUGAUGCUGAAAACAGUGGUAAAAUUGUUUUACUGCUUGAUAUUUUAACCUUGUGUUCUGAUGCUUGUGAUAAGGCACUGGUUUUUAGUCAAAGUUUAGCCACACUUGAUAUGAUUGAAAGACAUUUGUCCAAAUUACCCCGAAAAGGGAAAAGCCGAAAAUGUUGGAAACAGGGAAAAGAUUGGUACAGGCUAGAUGGACGAACUGAAGGAUCAGAGAGACAAAAACUGGUUGAGAAGUUUAAUGAUCCUUCAAAUAAGAGGGUCAAAUGCACUUUAAUAUCAACAAGAGCUGGAUCUCUUGGUAUUAAUCUGUAUGCUGCUAAUCGUGUUAUUAUUGUUGAUGGAUCUUGGAACCCAACGUAUGAUCUUCAGGCUAUUUAUCGAGCUUGGAGAUAUGGACAAACAAAGCCUGUGUUUGCAUACCGUCUAAUGGCACAUGGGACAAUGGAAGAAAAAAUUUAUAAGCGUCAGGUUACAAAGGAGAGUCUUUCAGCAAGAGUGGUUGAUAGACAACAAGUACAUAGAACAAUAUCUAAAGAAGAGAUGCUGCAUCUGUUUGCCUUUGGUGAUGAUGAAAGCCUAAAUACAUCAUAUAAUAAAGUGGACCAACUCGGUGGCAAUGCUGCUACACAAUUCAAUCCUCUUCUUCAUGCAACUGUUUCUUCAGACAAGUUCAUGGAAGUAUUACUCAGUAAACAUCACCCCAAAUGGAUUGCGAAUUAUCACGAACAUGAAAGUCUUCUCCAAGAAAACGAAGAUGAAAAACUAUCAAAAGAAGAACAAGACAUGGCAUGGGAAGUAUACAGAAGAACCCUAGAAUGGGAAGAAGUGCAAAGAAACCCGGUUGAAGGGCCCACACCCGUUUUCAAACCAACCGUCAACGAGGUUGAACCCGAGCCACCGGUCGAACCGGAACCGGAACCGGAACCGGAACCCAGAACCAAGAAACCACCUCGGUGCACCCGGGUGUGUUCAAGGGAUCGGUUUGUGUUAAGAAAAUGCACAAAUUUGGCCCAUAUGUUAACCUUAAGGAGCCAAGGUGUGAAACAAGGGUGCACCACUAUUUGUGGUGAAUGUGGGCAGGAAAUUAGUUGGAAUGGUGUUAAAUAAUAGGUGAAAAAGAGUAGGCAUAUUUUUUUUUGCAUAAUUAUCAAAGAAAAGCUCCAAUUUUUAUUAUUAUACAUUGGACAUGAAGUUAAUUGGAGUUUUAAUGAUGGUGUAAAAGGUUUUUUUGUUAUAUGUUAUUAUGGGAUUUUAGUCCCAUUUUCGAUUUGUAGAAUAUAAAAGGGUCGGUGUUAUAGUCGCU